AUGGCUACUACUUUGAAACCAGAAUCCUUGGUUAAAAAAUCUAAAGACCAACAAAAAAUUGCUGAAGAACGUGCUGCUCAAAAAGUCGUUCGUAAAGCUUCUAACAAAGAAAAAAGAAAAAUCAUCUUUGACAGAGCUGCUGCUUACCAAAAAGAAUACACUGAUGCUGAACGUGCUGUCAUUAACGCUAAACGUGAAGCUAAAGCUGCUGGUUCUUACUACGUUGAAGCUCAACCAAAAUUAGUUUACGUUAUCAGAAUCAAGGGUAUUAACAAAAUCCCACCUAAACCAAGAAAGGUUUUACAAUUAUUAAGAUUAACUCAAAUUAAUGCUGGUGUUUUCGUUAGAUUAACUAAAGCUACCGCUGAAUUAAUCAAAUUAGCUGAACCUUACGUUGCUUACGGUUACCCAAACUUGGCUACCAUUAGAAAAUUAAUCUACAAAAGAGGUUACGGUAAAGUUAACAAACAAAGAAUCCCAUUAUCUGAUAACCAAAUUAUUGAAGCUAACUUGGGUAAAUACGGUAUUUUAUCUAUCGAAGAUUUAAUUCACGAAAUUUACACUGUUGGUCCAAACUUCAAACAAGUUAACAACUUCUUAUGGCCAUUCAAAUUAUCUAACCCUAACGGUGGUUUCAGAGCCAGAAAAUUCUUCCACUUUAUCCAAGGUGGUGACACUGGUAACAGAGAACACUUUAUUAACGAUUUGGUUAAACAAAUGAACUAA